AUGCCUAACGAGACUGAGCCCCUCCUCCCUCGCUAUGAGGAUGACACUGCUCGUCAGCGUCAGCUCCACCAGAAGCUACAUUCCUAUCAAAUGUUUCGCGCCCUCUCGGAGGGAUACAUGCCAUCUACUGAACAAACGAUCGCCAACCUUCGUACCCUGCUUGCCUCGGAUGUACUCAAUCUCCGCUAUCAUGACAUAGGGACCCAUGCACGCCAACUCAUACGCGAUGCCCGACUAUGGAUUAAGACCUUUAUUGAAUUUCUUAGUGCCAAAAACAAUGAGGAUCGACUUCAAGAGUUUUUGUGGCGUCUGUCACGAUCCCGAGUCUCGUUGGAUAGCACCCGUGUUUCUCACCAGGCGGGACACGUGAAAGCGCGCGCUGAUACUAAAGCUGUCUAUGAUAGUUUCCGCACCAUCGGUAGCUUACUUCUCACCAAUGCGGACUUCCGACUUUUUAUCGAUGAUGUCGCUACGGUGGGCCGUCAGAUCUUCGCUGACACCGCGUCCUUCCUCUCCGAAACCUCCAAACAUGUCGCCGAACAAAUUCAACCCUCUCAAGAAGAGCAAGCCGCACUGGCGGGCCCUGGUGCUGAUGAGGAGCAUAGACUCUCCCGAGAGGAAAUCAGAGAGGAAGUCGCUCAUGUAACUCAUGUUGCUGGGAAGGGAAUCAGUGAUACGGGCGCGGCAGCUGUACAAAGUGCUCGGGAGCAUCUUGCAGGCCAAGAAAAAGAGACUUUAUUGCAUCGGUUGAAACAGGCUGUCUACAAGCUUCGCGAGAGAUCUGACUAUUCCGACUCCGUUUCCACCCUCACCCAGUUGCUGCAGCGCUACGCCCUUCUCUACGCUAAUGCAGCUGAAGAGACUGCCUCGGCUGCACAUGAAGAUAUUGAUGUCAACCAUGACUUGAAACUGGCUGUGGAUCAAUUUUGGGGCUUGCUUCGCUCCUUCGGACAGACGGAGGAAUGGGAUUCCCUGCAAGAAAAGUUUCAUAAUGUUCUACGUCAUGCGAAUAAAGAUCCCGAAUUCGAUCAUCUCAUGGAAGAAGUCGGUGGUUCUUUACGCGAUAUGUUAACCGACCCGGACUUUUUUGAUUCAGCCCCACAGAAGCUGGAUGAGCUGCAGCAACAGUCGGAGAAGGUCGGGUCGGAGACUCGUCUGCGUCAAGAUGUGGAUGAUUUCCUCGCGCAGACUAAACGUACUUUGCCCACCGUUCCUGAUGAUCCUUCGGUGUUCACUCUGGUCAAUGCGACCAAGAGGAUUUAUCAUGAUGCAUGGUGUGCUUACACUGACCACAGAGACAGCUUUCCAGCAGACCUGGCCAAUGUCAUAAUCCCUGUUAUCCUUCGUAUGAUUCAGUAUGUGCCAAUUCCCCGGCUGGAAAUUUCUGCACCUGAACUGGAUCUCUUGUUGGAGAACCUGGUCCUCGAGCCCGGCCGGACGGUCAACUUUUCGUCAUUCCUGCCCUACCGGAUGCGCCUACUCACCAGAAACGAUAUUGAAAUUGUAAAGAGACAUUCCAAACGAACAGAUACAACUAUCAGGACCAUUUUUCAUGUCUCUGUCAACGGCCUGAAUAUUAGUGCCCAAGAUUUCGGAUACUGGUUCAAGACUCAUACCAUGUUCUUCCAUUUGAAAGAUGAAGGAAUCGCUAGCUUUUACCUGGACCGUCGUGGCAUCGACAUCGCUCUCGAUAUUGAAAUCGGCCGCGGUCGACUGGAACAAAUCUUUACGCUCCGUGGUGUCCGCGUGCGGAUCCAUAAACUGGAUUACCAAGUCCAGAAGAGCAAGUGGAGGUUCCUACUAUGGCUGACGAAACCCUUCCUGAAACACCUCGUACGUCGAAUCCUGGAAAAGAAAAUUGCAGAGGAAAUCGUAAACGCUGCGUUUGCUUUGAAUCGUGAACUGGUCUUCGCGCGAGAACGUUUGCGUGCGACUCGAAUUGCGAACCCUCAAGAUUUGGCGACUUUUGUUCGUGCUGUACUGGCACGAUUGAAGCCUGCUGAUGAUGAUGUUGAAACUCGCAUCGGCUUGACUCCACCGGAUAGUGGUGUCUUCAAGGGAAUUUAUGCCCCAGGUAGUAUUGUUCAGACAUGGCGUGAAGAGGCUACGCGUGCCCAGGAGGCUAUUGAAGAUGGAGACGAGACUCAUGGAUUGGGGUACACAUGGAGGAAUGAUAUCUUUGAUGUGGCUGGACACUGA